AUUUUUCAAAGUUCCAUUAUAUUAUAUUAUUUCGGUCACUGUGUAAUAAAUUUAUUUGUUCUUUUUUAUGCAUAAUGUUGUUUAUCAAAAAGAAUAAAACCAAAAAAAAAAAUAAAAACAAAUUAUUCAAAAACUCAUCAGACAAGAAUCACGUUUCCAUGAGAACUCGAUUUAAGUCUUUCAAUAAUAACAAUCUGCAAUUAGUUGCACAAAGUUCUUGGCUGUGGGUUGUUCAAAGAUGAUAUCCAAAUUAGCUCUAAUUAAUUUUAUACUUUUCUGCAGUGACUAUUGCCUAUGUAUUCAUUUGUUUUCUGCACGUGAGUCCAAUGAACAUGUCGAGUCUGCAACCUUUGGUGUAUCUAGCAGAUAUGAUGAGUUUCCUUUUAUGACAGCUUUUGGUUGGCAUAACAAUGAAACCGGUGAAAUAGAAUUUCUGUGUGGAGGAAUGCUGAUUGAACCAAAUUUUGUAUUAACAGCAGCGCAUUGUGUUUUAUUUGAAGGCAAACUUCCAGAUUUAAUAAAGAUCGGUGGCAAUAAGCUAAAUAGCACCUACAAUGAAGAUCACACUGUUAGAGAGUAUUUUAUUCAUCACGGAUACGAUGGCACUGAGUCUUAUGAUGACGUAGCGCUGGUACAACUUGUUAGACCUUCAAGUAAAUCACCGAUUUGUCUGUGGAACAAAUCAACAUUGACGACAUCAAAAGUCCAGGCUAUUGGUUAUGGAGCAACAAAGUUUGCUGGUUCAACUACACCGGUAUUGCAGAAGAUUAAUUUGAUAAUUGUUUCUCAGAAAUUCUGUAAGGCAUAUCAUGAUAGAAAGCGAAAGUUUCCUUUUGGUUUAUCGGAUGAACAUUUAUGUGCGGGAGAUCCUGCUGGUCAGCAAGAUAUUUGUCAGGGUGAUUCAGGAGGACCCCUGCUUAUAAGAACUGAUUAUGAAAUCUAUGCAAUUGGGAUAAUUUCCAAUGGACAAGCUUGUUUUGGUUUUCCGCCAGCUGUUUAUACAAAAACAUCCACUUAUAUUAAUUGGAUAGAUAAUAUUCUUCAAGAAUAUGGUAAUUCUAGGCUUCAACUUUGUGAUUAAGAAUUAAUUAUAAUUA